AAGUCAGCCUCCAAAACGGAUACCUUCUGUUCAAAGGGCCUGAUGGCAACUGUGUGCCAUCAUGAUAUUCCCUCUUCCUAUGUGACAUGCACACUCCGGGCGAACGGCAACACUUCUCAGUUGCCAUGCUCAUCGCACUCAGCUGCCAGCUCCCCUCAAACGCCACCAUUGGACUGAUGUAUGAUGUUGGGUGUGUUCUUGAUCGAUCCGUGGCCAAGUAUAAUCUUAUCCCUGAAAUUGCCCCCAGAUUGAGCAUCGCAGUUUCAGUCUUCCAUGCUUAUGCCAUCAAUUCUGUUGUCAAAUCGCGUUCCACCCAUGGAAAUGCAACGGGUUUGGGAAGUCAAACAGGGAAGGGAAUGAGUGGUUAUGGUCCUCAAUGGUUGACAUGAUAGCGCCCGAACGCAUGAUGAGUGUGAGUCCCAACAUGCCCUAUACCGUUCGCUCCACAAGCCCGGUCUGAUGCAAUGUUGCUCCGGAAAUAUAGCCGGCAAAACAGAUUGCAACUAUUGACAGCAAAAUCAAGCUAAUUGCAUCCCAUGGUCGAGACUGUCUCGCUUUGUUGGCAAGGUCUAAAAUGGCCACCAUUCUUCAUGAGGAGGCACUUUCGACUGAACUUCUCCAAGAUUUGAAGGAUAGUGGAUUCAUGACUCGUUUUCUUCAAUCCCAGUGGGAAGAGCAAAAGUCUUUGCAG